AUGGAUGAAACUGUUAACAAGUCCGCUAGAGACUUAAAGGACUUAGAGUUUACCCCGAUAGGCUAUGUUAGGGAGAAACAAAACGGUAAGCGAACCAAAGGGAGUAUCGGCGACGAUGAUCAAGCAGUACCGCGAAGGAAGACUCGUCGAACGAGUGUCAAUGAGAGUUUUAACUCUACAAAAAUGUUCAAUGAUGACUCGCAAUUUGAUGAGACCAUACCACAGCUGAGAUCAGAUAAGGAAGGAUUAAUCAGCGAUAAGAGGAAUCUAAUGGAAGAGCUCAAAGAGAAUGCACCAACAUCCAACCCUUUGAAAGAACAACAAGAGCAAAUGCAUAGGUUGAAUACAGAAAACUACAAUUUGAGGUUGAAAUGUAACUCGUUACUAAAAUUCUUAAACAAUGUCACUGAUCAGGGCGAACUAAAGAAAAGUUUAGGACUCUUGGAUGAGAUUCACGAUUGGAAACAAAGGUACGAGAGGGUUACUGAAGAUUUAACAGUUUUAAAGCGUAAAUAUGAGGACCUCGAAGACAAAGCUAUGAAUUCACAGGUCACCACGCCGCCACCGCCGGCAGCUAAUGAUGAACUUCAGAAGUUCGAAGAAAGAUAUCUGAGACUGCAAGAUGAGUCCAGAGCAAGAGAAGAACAAAUGCAAAUGAAGAUCGACAUGCUAAAGUCAGACCUUAAUACUCUUAAUAUUACGUUAACUACGAAGGAUAAUGAUCUGGAAGAACAGGCACAGAAAAUUCAAAGGCUGGGAAAUCAAUUGCAAGAAUUUGAUCACAAAGGGAGUGAAUCUCUAUUGCAGCUUGAAAAGCAGCUCGACCUCAAGACAGAAUCAGUCAGAAAUCUAGAACAGGAACUCGCCAAGCACAAGAGCUUGUUUGAAGGUAAAGAUGAUGAAAUAUUCAAAUGUAGAGAGGUAAUAAGAGACUUGGAGAAGAAAUUAUCAAGUUUUGCAGACUAUGAGGAAAAUUCAAGCGCUCAAAAGAGGAUCAUUGACGAAAAGAAUGAUAAAAUUACAAGACUAUCGGAAUCCAAUUUAAAGUUAAACCAAGAGAUCGUUCAUCUGAAAAAUGAUCAGGAUAAACAGCGAAACGCAUCCAACGUCUUAAAGGCGAUAGAAAAAGAUUUAGAGGGUCAAAAGAAAGAACUAGCAGAUACUAGGCAGAAACUGAAGGAAGCCAAUGAGUUAUCCAAGAGUCUCGAAAAUCAGAUAAUAGAAAAUACUACCAAGGCAUCAGAGAAAAACUCUACAAGAGUAAGAGAAAAAGAAGCUGAAAUACAAAAGUUAAAGGAUCAACUGAAGACGCUUAAAGAAUCACAUCAUUUAGAGCUAAAGAAUUCACAAGAAGGCAACGACUACGAAAAGAGAAGAUUGUCUAGAGAAGUUUCAUUACUGAGAGAGGAGGUACAGGCUAUUCAAGAAUCGUAUGACCGAGAACUCGAAGUUUGGAAGACCAAAUGUGAAUCCCUUAAUAAAGAGAAUGAAAGGCUCAUCAAUCAGGAGAUUGGUUCGAUCGAUGUUAUUAAGAAAAAAUUGAAUGACAAAUUGGCUGAAAUCAAGCAUCUGAACAAUCUUGUAGAACAGCUAAAGAUCGAGAAAACAGAGCUUAAUGAUAGAUCCGUGCAAUUACUAACAUCUAAGGACAGAUACAAAGAAGAGCUCAAAAAGAUUGUAUACAAGUUCGAACAUCUAUCGAAAGAAUACAUAAGGCUGCGCGAGACGAAAGAAGCUGGCAUUGAUGACGCCCAGGGCUCUAGCUCGUGGAGAGAAAAGUACAACACCAUGAAGCAAAGAUUGCUUGAUGAAUUAAAACUUCUGCAACAGGAGAAUUUGUCCCUUGAGAGAAAGCUACUAGAAUCCCGCAGUAAAAACAUAGAGAACGGUAAUCAACAGCAGCGCUCAAGUUCUAAUUCGCAGGAUCGAAUUGACUAUUAUAAAUUAAAAUAUCACGGUGAGGUGAAACAAAACGACGAUCUAAAGACCAUGAACGAAUAUUUGAAUCGUGUUCUGCGAGCUAUCUCGCAGCAUGUAAGACUAGAUUUGUUGAAGAUUAAGAAUGAAGUCGGUAGCGAACUUCCCACAUACUUCACAUCAUACAGACAGCACCUUCGAAGCAGCAGUUUUACCCCAGUGCAUCGCCCAAGUUUCAAAACGAUUGCACUUUUCGUCCAGGCCUGCGUCAGAAUGAAGCAAACAGCUCUCAGACGUCGCUGGGACGAACAAAGGCUACACUAUCUGCAAAGAAAGAUGGCACUCCAAGAUGACCGCAUCAGUUGGUAA